AUGAAGAUGUUGCUUUUCCUGUGUCUUUUACUUGUUGGAAUCCAUUCCAACAGUUACUGCUAUGAGCCUUAUCAACAAGGGGUAAGAAACCAGAAUCAAAGAGCACAAGGAAACCAAAACAUGCCAUGGCAGGGUGUAAGGAACAGCGUUUGUCGAUUUGCAUGUUGUUUCUACAAAGAGAUUUCUUCUCGUGAAAACAAUGGGAAUGUUUUCUUCUCUCCUCUGAGCAUCUCUACUGCCUUUGCAAUGCUGACUCUGGGUGCCAGAUCAGACACCCUGACACAGAUUCUUAGGGUCCUUUGCUUUAACCCUCGUCAGAUUUCUGAAAAUGACAUACAUGAAGGCUAUCGUCAACUCAUGCAAAUGGUAAACAGAAGGAAUGGGGGGUUACAGCUGAAUAUGGGAAAUGUUCUGUUUGUGCUUGAUCAACUGAAGCCACAAGAAAAAUUUUUAAGUAAUCUCAGAAACUUCUAUGAAGGAGAAGCUUAUCCUAUGAACUUCAAGAAGGCUGAUCAAGCCCAGCUAAAGAUCAACGAAUAUGUAGCAAGAAGAACGAAUGGAAAAAUCAAGGACCUUGUAAAUAACCUAGAUCCACUUACUGAAAUUCUCCUUAUUAGCUAUAUUUAUUUUAACGCUGAAUGGGAAAAACCUUUUGAUCCAAAAUACACUAAAAUGAGCAAAUUUUUUGUGGAUGGGAACAAGGCUGUUGAAGUCCCAAUGAUGUUUGGAAUGGGCCUGUUCAAGCAUGGUUAUGAUGAGCAGCUGUCUUCCACCGUGGUGCAAAUGGAUUACAAAGGAGGUGCUUCAGCAUUUUUUAUUCUGCCUGAUAGAGGAAGAAUGAGGAAGCUGGAGAAAAGAUUGUCUUGUGAACGUUUGUCAAGGUGGAGGACAUUAGUCACAAAAAGUUCAGUAAAUUUGUAUCUUCCAAAAUUCACGCUUUAUGGGACAUAUAACCUAAAAGAUAUCUUAUAUAAAAUGGGCAUCAUGGAUCUAUUCACUGAUAAGGCUGACCUCUCUGGGAUCACCGGGCAGCCCCAGCACAGAAUUUCCCAGGCUAUCCAUAAGGCUGUGGUAAAGGUGGAUGAGACUGGCACGGAAGCAGCAGCUGCCACAGGCAUGGAAAUGGUGCCCAUGUCCGUUCCAGUUACCAUUACCUUCAACAGGCCCUUCCUAAUGGUCAUAACUAUGGAGAACACUAUCCUCUUCAUGGGAAAAGUUGUGAAUCCUCUGAAAAAAGAAUAAGUUAAUGUACAAAUUAGAUAUGAGGUGAUGACCACUCUUAAAUCAAGUAUUAGACCUGAUGAGUAUGACAUGGCUACAGAGGGGCUCUCCACUUCUUAACUGAUGUUAUUCACUGUUUUUUUGUAGAUGAGACUCUUCAUCAAUUUAAGUUGUCAUAGUUGCAUGUUUGUUUGGGCCUUGCUUCUUUUUUUUUUUUUUUUUUAAAGAAGGUUGCAUUCAUGCAGAACUGUCAUUAGCUCUGGGACAAAACAGGCCUGUGUGAUACUGACAGCAUAGAUACAUCUUCUAGCAGGGAAGGUGAGGAGCAUGUGAGUGGAGAGGGUUGUGUAUGUCUGCUUCUUCCCUCAUGGCUGCCUUCUCUCCUAUUUGUUUUAUGUUGACUGACAAAUAGUUACAAGUUAUGUUACUUUACUAUUUGUGUCCAUUCUCCUACCAACAUGAAGUUCAUAACUAGUAUAGACCUUAUCAUGCAUAAUGCUUAUUACCUUGCAUAGUACCAUUGUUAUCCAGUGAGUCUAUUACACCCUUGCCUGUCAGCUGCUGUCCCAGUUUGGCUGCUGCAAAGGGGUCUCAAAGAAGGGGUGUUUUUCCCCUGCAGAUAUAUAUUGGCCUGCCCUACUGUUUCUGUGAAAUCUAUAAUCCAGACUCAAACCGGCAAACUUCAGAUGUUGUAAGAAUUUGAUCUAAGAAAAGAAGAGAUAGAUCUGAUCUCUGCACUUUGGCACCCUGGAGCCAGCCAUUGUGAAAUAAAUAUACAGCUCAGAGCAGCCAGAAGACUACUUCUAGUUUAUGCCUGCAUCUAAAGUAGCUCCUAGAAGUCCCCAGGCAGCA